CGGAAGAAACUCUCUUGAACUUAACUAAAAAAGCAGCUCUACUGAAAUUUACGUUCUUCAUGUAUAAAAAUGAUUUUUAUAAGGAACUGCAUGGAAUUGUUUGUGAUUAUGAUUAUAUACUGGUGAAGUGCGUCAGAACACAAUUGAACCGAUGGACGAAGAUAUAUGAACUUCCAUUAAAUGCCAUGUGCAAAGUUCGACAAUCGCCACAGCAAUUAUUCUACUCCUUCUAUAAGGAUAUUGCUCUAGCCGAACUCAAGGCAUAUAUACUGAUUGAGUAUGGAUUAAUGAUUCAUCGAGUUACUCGAAAUCUUCAUUUUUAUAAGAGGAGAAUGAAUUUACUACGCAACUAUGAUGAACUCACUGAAAGAGCUCUCAAGACUCUCAGCGAUGUUGUGGAAAAAGCCGAUCGUGUUUUAUUUCGAUGUGAUCCACCUCUUCAAAAGGGAAAUAUUACUUCAAAUGUGGAUGAGAUUCGUUUCUUCAAUCUUCGAGAGACUUUAUCGGAUGUGAAGGCCAACAAAGUGGUGACUGGAGUCAGGUUUGUAAAGAGCAAUCGAGUUUUCCAUUUGCAAAUACAGCAAGGACAACUCCUGCCCCGAGGUUUCAUCAAUGCCUCAACCGUGGAGUGGAAGCCAGUGAGUAGCUAUGAAAUCGACGAUUUGAAUAUUCAGGAACGUGUCGACUAUCACGCAUUGAGUAAAAGAAGUCAUGCUUUAGAUCUGGAUGAAGUAAUGAAAACUGACGAUAAAACAUUUAUUGUAACCGGCGUGAGAUUCCGAGUUGUGGAUGGACAUCUCAAUCUGCAAGUGCAUCUCAGUAAGUUCGAUUUCCUCAAGGGUGAAUUAGUCAACAGCAUUUGGCACUCGAAGGAAAAUGCUCAUAACAGACAGCAGAUUGUGCUAACCCCCCCUGUAAACAGCUCGCAGCCGUUGUCAAAGGAUAACCAAUAUCUAGAAUUCACUCUCGAGGAUAACCCACAAAAGACAGUUCCGAUUAUUGAUGUACAGGAAGUCGCUUCCGAUCCUUCGGUGCCUUUAGCCGGCAUCGGCAUCUACUAUAGAGCUAGUGGCUUCGUGGCUCCCAAAAUUAUCAGCUACGACAUUCUUUCUUAUCUUUCGGUCAUUGCCAAUUGA